UGCUCUUUAGAGUCACACCACUCAGUAUUACAGUAAUUUCCGUCACUCGGAGAGCUUAAGCAAACUAAUUGUUCUCCGAUUAUAAUCACUACUUCUUUAGCGUCUUCUUAUAAUCAGAACUGUAAUGUGACAGGAUAUUGAGGAGACACGCGAAGAGGAGAUCAUACUGAUCCUGACGGCAUCUUCAGCUGGAGUUCCCCAGAUGCAGGCACCAUGAGCAGCCCUCAAGCCAGUGCCAGUAAGGAUAAGGAUACAGCAACCCUUCUGGCCUGUAAGCUUUGCCUUGAAGAUGUCCUCCUGGAACAUAUGACCACCAUCUCGCAGUGCCAGUGCAGCUUCUGCACCCAGUGUUUGAAGCAGUAUGUAGAGCUACUCAUCAAAGAAGGUUUGCGAACAGGAAUCAGCUGUCCGGAUUCCGCUUGCCCCAAACAGGGACAAUUACUUGAGAAUGAGAUUGAAUCUUUGGUUGCUGUAGAUGCCAUACAGAAGUACAAAAGACUACAGUUUGAGCAAGAGGUGUUUCUGGACCCCUGCCGGACCUGGUGCCCAUCCUCUUCCUGCCAGGCAGUGUGCCAACUGCAGGAAGCAGAGUUACCCAAGCCCCAGCUGGUGCAGUGCCCUAUCUGCAGUCUGCGUUUCUGCUCAGCCUGCCAUGCUGACUGGCACACAGGGCAGGCAUGCCAGGGGUCCCUCCCCAUCAUCACCUCACUUUCCAUAGAGAACAGUAUCAGUGGUAGAACCAAAGAAGAUGCGGCACCAAUCAAGCUCUGUCCGAGGUGUAGCAUAUUUAUCGAGAGAGACGAGGGCUGCGCACAGAUGUUGUGCAAGAACUGCAAGCAUGCCUUCUGCUGGUACUGCCUGGAGUCUCUGGAUGAUGACUUCUUAUUGAUUCACUAUGACAAAGGGCCAUGUCGGAAUAAACUGGGUCAUUCCAGAGCUUCUGUCAUCUGGCAUCGCACACAGGUAGUGGGAAUCUUUGCUGGUUUUGGCCUGCUUCUGCUGGUGGCCUCUCCAUUUCUCCUCCUGGCUACACCUUUCGUCCUUUGCUACAAAUGCAGAUGUGAUCAUGAAGAUGAUGACCCCUUACCCUCCUAGUUCUGCUCUCAGCCGUGAUUAUAGAGCUUCGGCAAUGCUCAGGAAAAUGAUUCAUCCACUUUUGCUGUCCGUGUACUCACUCUGAUCAGGAACAUGAGGCCAUACUCUUACGGAGGAGUCAGGAGACUUCAACUAUUACCAGGCAGAAUGAAACGGUGAUGGUGAAUACCUUUCCUAGGACAGCUACAGCUUCUGUUGACUUACAUCUUGCUUUAUUACUUAAUGUUAUUUACCUUUAAUUAAAAGCUGUAAGAACAGCACAUAAGCUAGGAAGCCAAGUGGCCUGGAUCCUUCUUUCAGCUGACAAUGUGUUUUUAUCUGGUCCUUAUGUUCUCUUUUACAUGCACUUCAGUUUUCUGUACUUGUACAGUUCUUCCAUGGUGCAUUAUAGUUCUUGUCUUGUCUAAAUGUACUUAUGUAAAAGUAAAUACAUUGCUGCUUUAAAUUGUACUCAAGUAAUUAAAGGCUAAAUAAUGUGCUAACACCAGGGUUUUGUGUAAAAUUUAGCCAAAAAUAAGAACAGUAGUUUUGCUUAAAAGCUCAUUUUGCCUAAAAAAUUAAUCUGUAAAUCUUGCAAUGUAGCUAGAAUUUAACUUGCUCUUCUCAUCAAUAUUAGCUACAGCAAUCCAUGCUAGUCUAAAAAGGCUUAGUUAAAUAUAGUCAGCUAUUGCUAGCAAAUUAGUUACACAACCUUCUUUUGGACAAUUGGACUUCUCAUAUGUUUAAUAGCUUGUGACCCUCUGUGUUCAGCUAUUCUACAUCAUGCUAUUCUAUUCACUUCAAUCUGUUUUUUUUUUUGUUAGUAAUGCUUCAAUACUUACAGUAUCAUGUGAUCACAUAUUCUGUCUGUUUCUUUGUGUGAUAAUCAUAUUUUUUUCAUAGUAUUUCCUGUUUCAUGAUCAUGUUUUAUACAGAAAACUCCCAAAGUUGGAAAUCUAGGUCAUUUGUAGUACUGUAGUUUCACUACUAACAAACUGGGUAUAUCUGAGGUAGUCAGUCAGUUAAAAUAUAUGUUUUUCUACUGCAAAUGUUUGGCUUCAGUACCGGAUUUGGUAGAAAUAACAGUUUUAUAUAGAUAGUUCAGUCAGUUUGAUUUCCUUUACAUAUUGUCAUAGUGGCCUACAUGUUACAGCUAAUUAUGUCUUUUGUUUAGACUAUUUUGGCA